AGAUGUUGAUGGCUAGGCAAAAUAUCCGUUCAUCGUGGACUCACUCCAACGCCGAGGGUUGACUCAUUCUGUCGAUGGGAGUCAUGUUGUAGGGAUAUUGACUCGAUCUGUGCAACCGCGCAGAGUCAUCAGACGACGCCCAAGUAUGAAAACUUCUUCUGUACGUACUGUCUUCCUUCUUCCUCAUAACUUCCCAAACACUGCCUCCGAUUCACUUCGCAAGCAUCGAGAAAACCCGGCAAAGCUCAACAAGCCCUCACCAGCCAUUCUUUGGUCAACUCUAUACCUCCAAGAAGCAUGAGCGACUCAGCAUCAACCACCCCUUCACUCCCUAUCCCUUGUCCUUACGGUGUUUUCUGCGAGGGCAAGGGCGAGUCCAAACCGGGGGAAGUACUAUGCGAAACCUGCCAGGCGAUCCAUCCCCAUCACCUGACAGUCAUGGCGAAAGACGACCGAAAACUGCUCCUGGCCGUGGAAGAACAUCAAAGGAUGAAAGUCGAGGGAGCUCCGACAGGCAAACACGUCUGCCUUUCCCAGGACCCCCGAUUCCACGGCAAAUUCCCCGGCCUGGUGCCAUCCGUGCACGACUGUGGAUAUAAGGCUGUGUCGUCCACAUUCUGUUCGUCGUGCAUCAAAGAAGCCAAAAAGCAGGAGUGGUUCGACAAGGAGUGCUUCCCGGAUGGAGCGAAGCGGAUCGAAUGUCCUCUCAAGAAUGAGAAAUACAAGGACUACGAGUUUCGAUGGUAUUGGGGUGCUUCAUCUGACUGUCAAGAGAGCAGAGAGGAUACUAUGUGCGAGCGUUGCUCUGCCGAGAUCUUGCGAAAGCGGGCUGUGCUUCUCGGCAAGCACAAGACGUCGGACGAGAACCGCUUCAAGGCCAUAUUUUCUCAAGAUGGAAAGCUCUUGCGUGACGAGAAAGGGAACCUCAAAGCCAAACUGGGACCCCCGGAACAGGCGCCGCUCAGACCGACCAGUAUAGAUGCCGGUAUGCCAUGGGAGGGGAUGUCUUCUGCUUUCUAACUCGUCACGAUCCUACGACUCAGAACCAUGUCUUUGCUUGGUCCCAUGCAGGAGUACCUCUCCUGUAUGAUACUUGUCUAGAAUAACAUCUUCUAUUUCAACGUUCCGGCGUGCUUGCGGGUUGUGAUGCCGUAUCGUGAAAUGCGUAUGCUGAUGGCUGAAAAGACUCACCGUGACGAGGGCGUAGAGUGAGCAGCGCGUAGAACCCUGAAGACUUCUAUUCCACAACCGCGCCGGUAAACUGUUUAUUAUGUGGACUCGUGCUCAAACUUCGCCCGUUUUGAACGCCCGAGUCCGCAAUUUCUGAUAGAUGUGUAUGCAAAUCGCCGCCCAUGCACUGCUAGAUACUCAAACAAGUGAAGCUAUACA